GCACAUUAAUCCGGCCUUGGCUUUCUAAGCAGGAAGUCACCACUUAAACGUCGAGCAAAACGGUGAGCGUAUUUGGCGACGGACGCGCGACCGACCACACACUUUAUUUGGUUUCGAAUCAAAACUUUGACUGGCAUGCGGCGCUCGUGAAAAGAAAAACAACAGGUCGCUGUGCGUUUUUCUCCCCUCCCCCGACUUUUUUUCCGUCUCUCUCUCACUCGCAAUGGCAGAUUCACCUGUUGAUCGGAAACGGAAUUUUCGUCUGCUGAGAGAUGAAAAGCUGCCGGUGUCGAUAGCGGUGCCAAAUCGCAAGUGUCACACUCCUGACGGAACCUCUCCUCAAAGAUUUUAUCUUCCCCCCCAUUCCCCGGUGCUUGAAGUGAAAUCGAAGUUUACCUUUGGAUCUUCGAACGAAUGUUUACCGAACAAAGCGGCGGCACCCGCAGAGAAAGCGAUAUCGGAAGCAGGCGAAGAUGAUGACGGCAGAUUGGUUCGGACGUCGUCCUUCCUAUCUAAUCCGAACUCUUACCGAUUUCUGCAAGAUGCUGAUAACUUGCCCAAGCCUCUGGCCUUCGGAAGGAGUCGCAGAAUGUCGCGAUCUCUGCCGGAAUUGCGCGAUUUACAGUUUGUUUCGGUUUUGCCCGAUGUCGAGGAAGAGGAAUCGGAAAGUUCUGAAGUUGAGGGGGAGGAGGUUGUGUAUGUGAAACCCACCAGAAUACCGUGGCACCGAAAACUCGACUUUUUGUGGUGCAGUGCUUGUCAAGCCCUCGGGCUUGCGAAUAUAUGGAGGUUUCCAUACUAUUGCUACAGCAAUGGAGGAGGUUCUUUUGUGUUGCCAUAUGUGGUGUUUAUGUUGGUUUGCAGUAUUCCCUUGCUAUGCAUGGAAUUGGCAGUGGGACAGGUGACCCAAUCAGGUCCCAUUUCUGCAUUUGGGCAGCUUUGUCCAUUAAUGAAAGGCAUUGGUGUAUCUAGCAUGAUGAUUUCCUUUUGGCUGACUGCCUAUUAUAGUGUAUUGACAGCUUGGACAGUGUUCUAUGUCUUCAAUUCCUUCUAUUCUCCCCCUCGAUGGACUCGCUGCACCAACACAUGGAACACAGAUGAUUGUCAUGAUGUGAAUCGCCCUGUACCUCAAAAUCUUCUAAAUGGUGAUUCUCAAGGGACUACAUCCAGUGAUUCCUUUGUUAUGAAUGCUUCUAGCUUAGUGUCCGUUGAUAAUGCAACUCAAAUGUACCCUCUUUAUUCAAGUAUUAAUGUAUCUUAUCCAGCAGAUGAAUUUUUCCAAACCAAAUUGCUUGAUAAAAGUGAGAGUAUCAGUGAUACAGGAGAACUGAGAUUUGAAUUAUUGGCUUCUGUCCUAUUUGUCUGGAUACUGACUUAUUUUGCUUUGCGCAAGACAGACUUCUUUCGAGGAACCACUGUUUAUAUCAUUACUGUCCUCUCUCAUGUGCUGUUGCUCAGUAUUUUCCUUCGCACUGUUAGCUUAGAUGGUGCAAAAGAAGGACUAGCACUCCUUUUUAAGCCAGAAUGGGAUAAAAUGUUUUCUCCAAGAGUGCUACUGUUUGCCCUGGCUCAAGCAUUUCAUUCAUUAGGAGUUGUUUUGGGGCCCAGCAUAUUGAUGGGUUCUUACCACAAGCAACAUAACAAUCUUUUAAGAGAUACAGUUGUUGUUACCUUUGUUACAUUGCUCACUGUGUUGAUGGUUGGAUGUAUAACUUUUUCUACCAUAGGACAUCUUGCUAAAAGAAUUCAGAAACCAUUUUGGGAUGUUUUAAGUGAUGAUCCAGGCAAUGUGUAUGUCAUCUAUUCAGUUGUUAUUGGCUCCAUGCCUCUUCCUUCUUGUUGGGGAGUGUUGUUCUUUCUGAUGUUCUUAUUCUUUGGUCUGGAUUCAGAGAUAAAAUUAAUGGCAACAUUAAUUUCUGCCUUGAAGGAAGCUUAUACAUAUUACAUUAAACAAAGAUUUCAAGGUCAUUCCCUAUUUUUAGCUGUGAUUUGUGGAUUUUGCUUCUUUGCCUCUAUUCCAUACUUAACUCAAGCUGGAAUUUUUUUCUUCCAACUUACUGAUUACUACAUUGCAGUGAUUGCUACUAUAAUUGUUGCAGUGUUUGAGGUCUGUACUCUCAGUUGGAUUUAUGGUGCUAGAAAUUUGUCCACCUGCAUUCAGCAAAUGACUGGAAAAACUACUUCAUAUUUUUAUCAGUUCUGUUGGAUUAUACUUACACCUGUUACUAUAUUGGCCACAUUGAUUUACAGUACAACUUCGAGCAGUAGUAUAGAAAUCAAGAAAGAUUAUGAGUACCCUCAGUGGGCUUAUAUCAUGGGCUGGGUUCUGUUUGCUCUCACUUUGUGCUGGAUCCCCUUUCUGGCCAUUGCUGCUUUCAGGAAAGCUCCAAAAAUGCAUGUUAUCAGUAGACUGCGAACAACUAUCCAGCCUCGAUUAAGAAGUCAGUCAGAAGCCAUGUGGGAACCAAAGCCAGUCAUCAUUCUUAAUGGUUCCACAGUCACAGCUUCCGAAUUCCCUGAUUACAAGCUUCCUGAGCUGCUACCCACAGUACCCAAUGCAGUACAGUCAUAUGUUGAAAAACACUCAAAAAUACACCAGAAUGCAGAAACUAUGUUUUGAGAAAUUGUGUGUUGUACUUUUAUUUCUUACUUAUAUUGAGUGUCACAACUAAUGGCAUUUCAUAACUUAUUUGGUUUAAGAGAAUUUGAGGAAAGAAUAGAAGAUGUUAGAAUAAUACAUAUGAUUGCAUUUAAAAAUCGUAUAUAACUCAAACAAUGAGACAUUUCAUGUAUAGCUACUGAUGGUAUUUUUUGAUAACAUGCAACAAUUUGAAAGCAGCAAUUAAUAUAUACAAAUAUUUCUUAUUUAUAAAAUAGUUUGAUAAUAUUUAUAUAACAAUGACUAUGGUUAUAUUUCCAGCUAUAUCAAAAAUGUUGUAGUUGGAAUUCCAAUUAUGGAUUUAAGUCCAAUAUUUUAUACAUUUAUUCCCAUUAGAAAUAUUUGCAAAAAAUAUGAGUAAUUUAUAAUUCUUCUAGUAAAAUUUUAUUUUAAAUAUUUAUUUAUCUAAGUUAUAUCACAAUAUGUUGAUGCAAUUGAGAAAUGCCAUUAUUGUUGGUGCUGUGAAAUAUUUGCAUUCACAUUUUAUAUAUAUGUUCAUUUUAGAUUUGUUUCACUGUGUUGUGGACUAGUUUUUCAUUUGUUACCUUUUAUCCAGGACAAGGGAACAAUUUUUUCUUGUUAUUGUUAGUAGUUUUGUAGAAAAAUUGUAGUAAUCACUGUUAUAUGUUUAAAUUCAUUUAUUAAAAUUUAUGAAGAAAUUAAAAUUUUUAUCUAUCAUAUAUUUAUGUGAAAUAAUGAUUUAACAGGAGCAAGAUUUAUUUUAUAUAUUUGUCAAAAGUGGAAAUUUGUGUCAAAAUAUUUUGGUAUUAAGGUCACAUCUGUAGAUAUGAAGUAACCUCAUUAAAAUAAUUUCAAAUAAAUGAGGAGCAAUAUCUUUUUUUAAAGAAAUAUAAGCUCAUUCAGUUUUAAUUGAUUUCAUUAACAUGAGAUUAUGCAAUGUUAUACUUUUUAUUUUUUCUUAUGCAUAAUUAUGCAUAAAAAAAACAUAAUAUUUUCAAAGGUCACCUCUUUUUUUUUUUUUUAGAUAUUUGUCAAUUUUUCCUAUGCUCUCCCUUUUUAGUAAAAUGUAACAGUGCAUAUAAGUUUUAAGCAACAAAAAGAAAUCUGUAGAAUUUUUAGUUGUCGAAAGUUAUUACCAACAAAAAAUAAUAGGUCUGGGUGCGACUUUGCAAAAUUUAAUUAGAGGAAAUAGUUUUAUUCACAAGAAAAAUUUGUAAUAAAGAAUAUAAAUUUUUUCUAUAUAUGAAAAUAAAGGUGUUAGAAAACAUGAAAUAACUUCAUUUUAUGCAAGUUCUAACCAGUUCAUUUGACAACUUUCCAUAAGCCUUGUAGCUACAACAAUUCCACAGUAUAGUGGAAUUUUUCGUCAAGAUCUAUUUCAGAUAAGCCAAAAUAAAAUCUCUUGCCAAUCUUUCAACUGUCAUUCACAUUUCUGUUUGUGAUGUCGACUUCUACAGAAGUGAUUUAUUGUUUUUUAAAUUUGAGGGACGAUUAAUUUCUGACUUUAUUUAUAGCUUAUUUUUUGGGAAAGAUUAUGAAUUAUACAUUUAUAAGAAUUUGUGUACCUUAUCAUUCCCAUUAAUUGAGGUAUUAUAUUACUGUUAAGACAUUGAUUGUGAAUACUUUCAAGACCUUAGUGUAACACUUACUUGUAGUUGGGAUCUAUAGAUUUAAAAAACUCUAACAGCUGCAUUUUAGGGUUUGUUUUUUGUGGCUAUUAUGUUUACAAAUUGUAGAGUUAACUGAAUGAAAUCUUAAAUAAUUGUGAUUGGUUUAAUCAAUUUAAAAUAGAAGUAUUGAAAGAAAACGAGCAUUUCAAU